AUGUCCUGGCGAGAGCUGCUGCCCCCCUGGCUGGUGAUCGUGGCGGGGCUGACGGGCAUCGUGCUGCUCUGUGUCUCCACCAAAGAUGUGCCCAUGGCCCCGCUCAGGACCAAGUAUGGCAUUGUUCUGGAUGCUGGCCCAUCCCGCACCAUCCUCUUCAUCUACCAGUGGACAACCACCAAGGCAAACAAGACCGGGGUGAUCAGAGGAUGCAGUUCCUGUCCUGUGCAAGGUCCAGGAGUCUCCAGCUACUCAGAUUCUCCUCAGAAAGCUGGCAAGAGCUUGGAGCCAUGUUUGAACUGGGCCCAGAACGAGAUCCCAGCAGAGCAGCACAGCCAAACCCCCCUGUACCUGGGAGCCACUGCCAGCAUGAGGCAGCUGAACCUCACCCAUCCCAUCCUCUCUGCCAGUCUCCUUGCAGCUCUGACUGGCACCCUGAAGUCAUCCCCCUUCAGCUUUCAAGGGGCACAAAUCCUGUCCAACCCAGAGGAAGAAGCAUUCAAUUGGGUUGCUGCUAACUACGUCCUGGAGAACUUCUUCAAGUACGACUGGCAAGGACAGCUGGUGCCCUCCGGGAAGGGCAUGGCAGGAGUCCUGGCCGUGGGAAGAAGCUCAGCACAGCUCACUGCCGAGCUGCCAGAGGAGCAGCAGAGCCCAGAGGAGGCAGUGAGGCUGCAGCUCUACGGGCACACACACAGCGUGCACACCCGGCACUGCCCCUGCCACGGCACCGAGCGGCUCCGCAGCGGCCUGGUGACCGUGCUGCUGCAGGAUCAGAGAGGUGCUAAAACCGUGUCCAAUCCCUGCUGGCCCCUCACCUACUCCCAGGAGGUGCAGUGGCAGUCGGUGCAUGCUGGGCCUUGUGCUGCCAGGGGUGACACACAGGACAUCCCUGGCCCCAGGGAGGUCUUCAACAUCACAGGCUCCAGCAACCCCACAGCCUGCAUCAACCUCGUGCAGAGCCUGCUCAACUCUUCCUCCUCCUGCAGCUUCUUCAGCAGUGGCCUCAAGCCCCUUCAGAGCAGGCUUGUGGUGGUUUCUGAGGCCAUGGACUUCCUGAGAGGAACUGCACCUUCUCCUGACUUGGGCCAGGCUGUCCAGAGGCUGUGUGCGAUGUCUGUCAAAGAGCUGAUUAAGGAGUCCCAAGCAAGCCUGGAUACACUUGUUGAUUACUGCACUGUGUCUGCCUUCAUCUUCCAUCUCAGUACAAGAGGAUACACACUUGACUUUGAGCAGCCUGCCUGGACUGCAUUCCAGAAGAUGGGUGACAAAUCAUCUGCCUGGACUCUGGGCUACCUGCUGAGCCUGAGCAGCAGCAUCCCCCAGGACAGCCCAAGCUUCCUCAAGGGCAUCGAGCCGGGGGUCUGGUCCUUGCUGCUGAUCCUCUUCGUGGUGCUGCUCGUGGGCUCCUUCCUGCGCAUCUCGUACCGAGUGAUGGCCAAGGAGAGCAGCUCCAGCCACAGGAACAGCAGCGUGGUCGAUGACUGA